GUGAGUGUAGUGUCUAUAAAGGAAAGGAAAACAAAUACCAAUAAAUCUUGAGAACUGAUCAUGUCUACUUUAAUCCUUCCAUCCUCUCAGGGUGCAUUUUCCAGAACACGCAAUACCAAAGAUGCCUCUGGGACGACCCCAUUUGUGUGUGAAGUACGCAGCGUCAAAAUACCACACCAUCGUUUCCCACCCCUUAGGAAGAUGUGGAUGGAAGUAUACACUCCGAUUGUCGAGCAUUGUAGACUGGAAAUUCGAAUGAAUCUUAAAACACGGUGCGUUGAUUUGCGAACAUCAUCAUUAACUGCGGGAGGGGAUGAUUCUCCAAACGCUGCCAACGUUAAAGUUCUUCUCCAAAAAGCGGAAGACUUUGUAAAGGCGGUGGUUUCCGGUUUCGACGUGAAGGAUGCGGUUGCGUUGCUGCGUAUCGACGAUAUCUACAUAGAAGGAUUUGAGAUUAAAGAUGUACGGGCGAACUUACAAGGGGAUAACUUAUCGCGUUGUAUUGGCCGGCUGAACGGCUCACACGGCAAAACAAAAUACACCAUAGAGAACGUCACCCGCACCCGCAUCGUGAUCGCGGAUACUAAAAUAUCAAUUAUGGGGACAACACAGAAUAUUCGAGUUGCGCGCGAUGCGCUUUGUGAUUUAAUUCGCGGUAGUCCAGCCGCUAAGGUCUACACACGUAUUCGUUCUGUUAUGAAUCGUGUGAAUAAUACAUUUUAAAGUUUUAUCAUCCGUUGGUAUCUUCUGAAACGCCUUCUUCAGGCAACUUGAGUCCAUUUUUCUAUGCUAAGUAUACCAAUAUUUAAAUCUCCGACUCCAAUGAUAAAACGGUAAACGAUAUAAGGAUAGGGAGAGAAUUAAUUGCAGUAAAUAUAUACCAAAUGACGACAUAUAAUCCAUAUGGGAGUUUCUUUGAUAUGA